AUGCCUGCCCGCGUAGCCAAUAUGCCAAUCGUUUACGCUCCGUAGAGAAUGAUUGUCACUAUCACACUGACAUGAAGGGUGAUAGAGACAACAACGCUUUGCGUUGUAACGCAAGCGAUUGGCACCUUAGGCUAGGUCGGCUGAUAAGGAGAUUUUAGUUUUCGACGGUCAAUUGCCGAUAGCUACUUACACAUAAAUCAGUCAGAUUAAAUACAGAUAUAGGUACUCUAUCUAAUGUAGGUUAUUAAAUAUUAUAAGUACUUAUAUACUUGAUUUUUAAACGAUAUACCCCGUCACGGACCAUCUACUUCUGCAAUCCUAUCGUUCCUUGGGGAAUAGCGUGACUAGGUAGAAGACAUCAACUAUUCGGGACUUGGUCCAAUCGCGCGUCCAAUAACAUAAUUAACUAUCUAGGUAUAUAGGUAUAAGUAUGUUAGCAAUUGAUAACAAAACGACAGAAAAUCACAAAAAUGUCUCUGAUAACUCAUUAGGACAGUUGAAUGAGAGUAUGUGUAGAUAGACUGCUUAGACAUUAGUAAAUAGGUACAUUGUAGCUAAUCUAUCACGCGUGGGUUACGGUCAUAGACUGAUAAGUGUCAGUAUCGGCUGAACCUUGGAAGCACACGGGCGCGCUAUCUGCGCGAGCACUGAACCCAAAUACGCGCCAAACACAAUAUAUUUUUUUAUAAUGAGUGGUCAUCAGUGAUAGUGUGAUUUGUUUUACAAAUCAGUGUUGUGGAGUUGACCGACAGUCUGAGGAAGCGUGAGCGAUGCGCGGGCGCACGCCGCGCUGGCGCUGCGUAUUCGCCAUCGUGUGCGCACUGCUCGCCGCCGCCGGUAUCGCCAUCUCACUCUCCUGGGGCCGGGUCUUCGACUCCGUGCUGGCGCGACAAGUGGCCCUGGUGCCUGGGUCCCGGUCGUACCACGAGUGGGUGGCGCCAACGGUGCCGCUCUUUAUGGACGUCUACCUCUUCAACUGGACCAAUUCGGCGAAUUUCCCGGAGGAAAAACCUAACUUGGUGCAGUUGGGUCCAUACCGCUUCAAAGAGCACCGGCAGCACGUGAACCUAACGUGGCACGUGAACAACGGCUCCGUGGCCUACCGCACGCUGCGCAGCUGGCACUUCCACCCCUCCAGCAACGGCAGCCUCGACGACAACGUCACCAUGCUCAAUAUUAUAGCUGCAUCAGCGAUCUAUCGCGCCCGGAACUGGGGCUUCUUGGAGCAGAAGAUGCUCUCCAUGUCUCUGGCCAUGUUCGGGCAGCACAUGGUAGUCUCGAAGCCGGCGCUGGAGCUCCUGUUCGACGGCUAUGAAGACGCCAUCUUGGAUGUGGCCAAGACCCUGCCGGCCAGCGCCACCGGCGGCGCCCCGCCUGUUGACAGAUUUGGACUAUUCUACGAAAGGAAUAACUCAAUCACGACCGAUGGCUAUAUGGAAGUGUCUACAGGGGUGGACAGCGGCACGCUGCCCGGUCAGGUGCUGCGGUGGAACUACGAGGACAGCCUGCCGUAUUACAAUGGGGAGUGCGCCAAGCUGAAGGGUAGCGCAGGGGAGUUUCUACCGCGAGACCUGACGGAGCAGUCGACGGUGACGGUAUUCGUGCCGGACCUGUGCCGCUCCAUCCAGCUCACGCAUCAGCGCAGUGGAGAGUUCGGAGGCCUGCCAUAUCACCGCUACUCCGUCGCGCCGGAUAGCUUCGAUAACUCAACGUCCUCCCACCACAACACGUGCUUCUGCAACGGUGAUUGCUCGUGGGGCGGAGUCAUGAAUGUGUCGGCGUGCCGCUACGGGUCGCCGUCGUUCAUCUCACUCCCACACUUCCUGCACGCCGACCCGGGGCUAGUAGCCGCCGUCUCCGGCUUGCAACCGGACGAGGACAAACACUCCUUCUACUUCUCAGUAGAACCGAAACUUGGUGUGCCACUAGAGGUUGCCGCUAGGUUCCAGCUGAAUGUUCUAAUUGAACCGAAUCCUAACAUCGCACUAUAUGAGAAAGUGCCAAAAAUGCUCUUCCCGAUAUUCUGGGUAGAACAAAGAGUGCAAACGGAAGCGAACAUCAUCGAGGAGCUGACAUACGCGCGCGCCAUCUUGGAUUGGGGCGCGACCGUGUGCGCGUGCGCAGCGCUGCUGCUGCUGGUGCUUGUGGCGCUGGCCACGUGCUGCGUGCCGCGACACAAGUACGCGCGCCCCGCCGACGCCAUCAUCAGCGAGAAACCGAAGGAUGAAGCUGAGGUGAAGCUGAACAAUCUGUGAUAAAACUGUCAUUUUUGAUACUGACUGCUCUCAGUAUUGUCACUCGAUUAUGACGCAUUAUCCCGGUCGAUCUAGUCUCGAAGAUUAAAAGACAUUUGAUGCGUUUCGGGAAGUGUAAGCUGCAAGGCAAGGAAGACAAGAUAUUUUUAUAUGAUAUUAGGUGUAAAAUGAUGUCCAGCUGAUGAUAAAUAUAUAAUAUAUUUGAUAAGAUAACAUACUUUAAAGAUAUAUAAUUUUUUUAUAGUGCAAUAUUAUUAAAAACGUCAAACUUCUAUGAAAUAAUGACGUUUAUUUAACCUUUGCACAGGCAGGGCUAUCAAAAUCUCUGCCAACUUUAUGUAUGUAAGUAUCUAUAUUUGUGUAGGUAAAGCAUUUAUAACAGUCAUAGUCACGAGAAUAAUCGUCACGACCUCAAACGCAUUAUUUCCAUAACUACGAUUUUGAGCAUUUUAAAUGUUUUUUUUUUGUUUUUAACAAAUAAGUACAUUAUAUUAUUAACAUUUAUGUUUCUCGCCAAACUGUCUUGCAGUUUGUUGGUGACUCGUUGGUCGACGAUCUACUUAAUUGUGAGAUAGUAAAUAGUUGGGUAGGUUAUACCUACAUUAAGUACAGUACAUGUAUGUUGAUAAUGUAGUUACAAUUAGCUAUGUACCAAUUAUUUUUAGAUAUACAGUUAGUAGUAAGGUACAGUGGCGUAAUAUCGAAUCAAAGAAAUGGUCGGGAAAUAUCGAAACGAAUCUUGAUAUGAUUGAAAUAAUGGCACGUGAUUGAUGUUUUUAUGUGACUAUAAAUUAGACGACGACGAAUUACCCCACUGCACCUUAAUGUUGAUUGACAAUGUGACUCGUUAAUCAUACAUAAUAUAUCAUUAGGUGGUGAUAAUUGUAGGUAAAUGUCGACUAAACUGCGACAACAAUGGGACAUACUAAAUACUUGUUUGUACGUGUACAACAAGAGAGCAAAGUUUUUCGAGUACAAGUUGAAUCUUGCGUAAGUAUAUACUGUAAGUAGUCUGAUGAAAGUGAUG